AGAAGAAGAAGAAGUAGAAAAAGAAGAAGGGCUAGCAACGAAAGUAUGGCUGCGAUCGGAUUGUUACACCAAAUAUAAUGCCUUUGACGUUAAAGGCAAUGUAGUUGAACCAUUUACCUUUUCAUGGUAACCCACGAAGUUUGACACUGGCAAGGAUAGUUUGUGUCAAACGCACAUUUUCAAGGUAAGAAGUAGAUGUGAGAUGCUACACUGCCCAUGAAACUAAUUUAAACAGUUAGCCGCAGCACUACAAACCCAUGACACGAUUAGACAGGUUGGUAUACGGAUAAGAUUUACUUGGGUCCCAGUGCAUGUGGGGGUGGAGGGGAACGAGGCAGUCGAUGUACUGGCUAAACAAGCACUUAGUAGCGGGGAUGUUGUUGUAAUUUCAAUGAGCAAGGCAAAAAGCCUGAUAUGGACAGUCAUGAUGCAGAGAUGGCAGGAGCAGUGGAAUAGAGAUACUAAUAGGAUACAGCAAAUUAGUUUAGAAUAUAUUGAGUAGAACGUCAUUAGAUAUAGUCUCAAAUAUGUUAUCUUUUUUAAGAGCAACUGGGCUGGCAGGUAGGAUUUAGUUUCUCCCUGUCUCUGGCCCACACUCCGGUACAGUAUGUGUCGGUAAUGUAAUGCACCAUAACGUUGGAUGCCAACCCUCCGAUAAACCCUAUUGAAGAAGAAGAUGCAACGGAUGGUUUAGUUAUACAAAUCUUUGGCAACACUGCCAGAAGCAGAGACUGAUCUGAGGGGAACUAGCUAGCUACCAUUCUAGCUAAUUUAGGCUAUUUCCCAAAAAAGUAAAUAGCUAUGAAAACUCUGUGGUAACGUUAUUUAAUUGAUCACAAUCGAGACUGUCACCAAAUAAUCAAAUUGGUAAUGUACCUUAGCUAGCUAGUUAACUAGUUGUGCUGUUUACUGUUUCAAGUAGCUAACGUUACUCUAGCUAGCUAGCAGAGCGGCCUUUGCUUUGGCUUCCGUCAAUGUAAACUUUGUUCCCCAUGGAAUUUACUUUAUUCAGCUAGUCUCUCAAUGUAACGUUGGCUACUUGCCAGUUUCUGAAACCUGCAUCCGUAAUCCUGUUCCGUGUUCUCUUUUGCUCCGCCUGUGCAGCUGGCUAUGGCACUGUAACUAGCUAUAUAGUUAGCUACGGAGUUAACAAUAGCAUGUGGCUAACUAAACUAUCAUUGUAACCUAACUGUUACCUUUUAAGCGCCAAUCUAUGAUUUCCAACAAUAACAAAGUGAGUCCCCGCCACAGUUUUAGAAAUCGGUUGAGGGAUGGAGAAAUGUAAUUACGCUCAAAUUCAUAUACAAAGUUAUGGAUGCAAGGACUUAGCAGUCAUGAUAUCAACAUUAAAGUUUUAACCUCGUUUUGAGGCUAUGAAGUUUGUAAACAAAGUAAAUGUAAACAAACGUUGGAGUAAAACAUGCUUAUAUUUUGGGUUCUGAUGGGAUACGACAGUUAAACUAAGCUCAUGAGGCAUUUAUAAUUUAUAUUCUUCAAGAGUAAAUGGAUACAUUGAUAAGUCCAAAAAUGGAUGUAGUAACAGAUUGCCCCUUUAACGUUAUGUAGCUAAUGUAUUAUCAUUUACAUAAUAGCUAACUAGUCUCAUCACUAACGUUAGAUUUUCUAUCUAAUUUAGCUUGUGUUAACUAGAUGUCAAAGAAUGUACAUUUAGGUAGCUAGCAAAGUUAGCAUUUUUGUUGUCACCGUUUGUUGCUCCAGGCAGCAUUGCCUGCACUACACACAUUUACUUGCAUUUAAAACCAUUGGCUACGCUAGUGUCUGAUAACACUGAAGUCAAGAGUGAAAUCAUUUGUGAACAUCUCAGGCAGUUGGGUUAUCCUGCCUAUUGAAUGCAAUUCAUUUUCAGCCCCCCCACCCCAUAGGUCGUGAGAUGGAGGUGAUGGAGGUGGACUUGCAGCUGGGGGGCCCCAGUAGGGAACCAGAGCCAGAUGAUGUGGCAGACCAGGUACAUCUCCCUAUCGUCAUCCCUGACUCUGGCAGUGAAACAGAGGUAGAGGAUGAGGCAGACGCAGCUCCCCGUGACCCACCACGGCUCCCGAACACCUGGGCGUUCAGUCAGAACAGAGUCAGAGUGGAGGGUCAAGUUGGACCCAGGAUCAGAAUGGAGGGUCAUAUUGGGCGCAGGGUCACCACAGCAGCCACCCAGAGGCAGCGGAGAGCCAGGUAGUUAUGGUUGGACUGGAUUCACUCUAAACUGUAUAUCCAUACUGGAGACAUAAUUGUAUGCUUCAUUGAGUACCUAUUUCACCCCAUGUUAUACUCAUUGAUUGUACCUGUAUUGUCUCUGUGUGGUUAAAGGCCAGGCGUCAGGGUGCACUACUCCACCCAGACCGCUGCUCGUGCUAGCAGCUUCCUGGAUUUCCUGCUGCGAGUCCCUGCAGCCAACCAAGCCGAGGGCGACUCUGGGAGUACGACGGAGGUGAGCGAGUCAGAGGAUGAGGCAGAGGCCCCAGGGCUAGCAGCAGACCCUCCCAACCCUGCCGUUCCCUCCAGCCCUCGUCCAAACCCUCCAGUUACAGUCACGCCACCCCAAGGCCUUUAUUCUUCAGGUAAACCAAGCUUAAGUCUGAUCCAUGCAUAGCCAUUUUCCACUGUCACCUAUAAAAAGUUGAAUCUCACCAUGCCUAUCCUGUGUAUAGAUUCUAAUGCAACCACAGAGGCUGCGAGAACAGAAACUGGAAAUCAAGUGAAUCCUGAGGUAAGACCACAUUCAUUGCCAGUGAUAGGCCUACACUCUUGGAUGGGCUUAAUAUUUACAUGAUUAGCUCAUUAGUGCAGUUUCUCUAGUAGCAUUGUGUGCCAUUGUAUUUCUUCCCAUGCACUGUCAGAAAUGUCAUGCAUCAUCUCUCUGUCCCCUCUAGGGCGUAUCAGCCCCACUAGCCUCCAGUGCUCCGGCCCUUCGAUCAUCCCAGGGGGAUGAGGCAGAGGGGGAAGGGGAGACCUGCUCCAUCUGCUUUGAGCCCUGGACCACGUCAGGGGAGCAUCGCCUGGCCACCCUGCGCUGCGGACAUCUCUUUGGCUACACCUGCAUCGACCGCUGGGUGAAGGGCCAAGGCCAUGGAGCCAAGUGUCCCCAGGUCAUUGUCUUCAUGUCUGUCUGUCAGCCUUGGUAUGUCUGGGGGGAGAGGACUGGAAUUGCUCCUGGUUCCAUUAUGAACAGGAAAAUUACAAAAGCAUUUGCAGUGAAAGAAAGGAAAAUGUAUUCCAUCGUAAGUAGAAAAAACGAGCUCCUACUUCCACUGUAGUGACUGGCACCAGGUGGAAUCUGUGCUGAAGGCGCAGUUUCCUCAAGCAUUCAAAAAUGCCCUCUGAAUUACUUACAUCUGAGAAAAUACUGCCAUAAAAUAUGACCCCAAAAAACAAUUGACUUAAUAUGCAGUGAUGUGAAGGCGUCCCAUCAGACUCCAUCUGGCUCUUGUAAUGAUGAUUUGCUGUAUGUCUGCAGUGCAACAAGAAGGCCAAGCGCUCCGAUAUCGUCCUACUGUACGCGCGCAAGCUGAGGGCUCUGGACAACACCGAGCAGGAGAGUAUGAAGAGGUAAAGUAGCUGCUUUAGUUUGUCUUCUGAUCUGCUGAUAUUGGCAUUGAUUUGGCCUGAUUCACUUCUGUAGGGAGGGAGCUGUUGAGAGUGAGUCUGUCUGUCUGUUUGAAUGUGUUGUUGUCUGCAGGUCACUGGAGCAAGAGCAUUCACUGCGUAGGAAGGCUGAACUGGAGUCAGCGCAGUGCCGGCUCCAACUGCAGGUGAUGACCGACGAAUGUGGGAAACUGCUCAAGCAGCUACAGGUACUUUAUUCCCAUUGCUUUACCAGUCAUCCCCCAGUCUCCCAUCCAUUUAUCAGGUGGACUAGAAUACCGAGCUGUAAUCAUUGAGAUUGAUCAACCCCCAAAUCCACUAUGAUGACUGUAUCCUGAUUUUCAAUGUUUUGCUGAUCACAUACUGUAUCUGGUAUGCUUGACUUGACUUCCAUUGGUAUUGAACAGUGCUGGUGGGUCACUUUUUCUUCCUUCCACCUCUGUCAGGAGCUGAAGACGCUGAUGGCCCAGCCUGGCUGUGGGCCCUCUCAGAGCUCAGGGGCCUCUCUCUCUGGGCACUCUCGGAGACAAGACAGCACCCAGGGGGGCCACUACGUCUUCUCCAAGGCCGUGCUGGUGUCCCAGGCGGGGGGCUGCAGGGUGCUGUCCUACUGUGAACCCCUCAGCUGCCUGCUGGCCUCUCAGCCCUCCCCACACACCCCCCUGGUGCCCGGUAAGACCUUUGAUAAGCUUUGAUGCGCUUUCAGUACGAAAUAGCUGUGAACGUUUGUUUUUUGGACAGAUUUCAUAAUGUGAAAAUAUCAAAGGGAAAUAUUUGCUACCUCUUGGAAUAAUUUCUCUCCCUCUGCGCCCCCCCCCCCCCCACCUGCCAGGCUGCGGGGUGAAGAAGGUGAGCACGAUGAAUCUGAAGGCCUGCCAGUACAUUCCUAUCCAUGUCAAACAGAUCAGAGGCCUGGCCUUCAACAGACAGGCCGACAGCCUCCUGCUCUCUGCUGCCCUGGACAACACCAUCAAACUCACCAGGUAACCAGAUAGUCAGUCUGUGUCCAAACAGAGAGAGAUUCAGGACCGUGUGUUCCAGAAUGGUGUUGACUUCAUAGCCUUAGGCUCUGAUGGAGAAGAACAUUGAUCUUUGCUAAGUUGCAAGAACCAUUCAGACCUAGAUUGAAAACAAAACCCUUGAUGGUUAUUUAGGACAGUAUUUUACCUUCUAAAUCUAAUAUCCUAACUACCAUUAUUCUCCUGCAGUCUAAUGACCAACACGGUGGUGCAGACCUACAACACAGGGAAACCAGUGUGGAGCUGCUGCUGGUGCCUGGACAAUAACAACUAUGUGUACGCUGGUCUCAGUAACGGCUCUGUGCUGGUGUAUGACACCAGGGACACCAGCACGCACGUCCAGGAGCUACAGCCGUUACGUUCCAGGUCAGUCUGACAGCCAGGCAGGGGGCGAAGAUCAGCUAGUCUGUAUUUGCCACCACAGCUUGAACUACACCUGUCAAUAUAUCCUAGCUAGUUUGACCUUCACCACAGGAUCUGACCAGGUUCUGGGCUUAGAUUUUGUAUUUUAUUUCUAGCAGUUGAGUUUUGCUACUCAUUCUCAAAGAUAGUGGAAUUAAUAUUAAUUUAUACGGUGUGUGUGUAAAAUGUAAUUCACAUAGUGUAAUAUAUUAUAAUACAGUGCCUAAGGAAAGUAUUCAGACACAUUUUGUCACGUUACAGCCUUAUUCUAAAAUUAAUUAAAUAAAUAAAACAUCCUCAGCAAUCUACACAAAAUACCCCAUAAUGACAAAGCUAAAGCAGGAUUUUAGAAAAUUGUGCCAAUGUAUUAAAAAUUAAACAGAAAUACCUUAUUUACAUAAGUAUUCAGACCCUUUGCUAUGAGACUCGAAAUUGAGCUCGGGUGCAUCCUGUUUCCAUUGAUCAUCCUUGAGAUGUUUCUUCAACUUGAUUGGAGUCCACCUGUGGUAAAUUCAAUUGAUUGGACAUGAUUUGGAAAGGAACACACCUGUCUAUAUAAGGGCCCACAGUUGACAGUGCAUGUCAGAAAAAAAAAAAUGCAGUAUUGAAGGUCCCCAAGAACACAGUGGCCUCCAUCAUUCUUAAAUGGAAGAAGUUUGGAACCAGUAAAACUCUUCCUAGAGCUGGCCGCCCGGCCAAACUGAGCAAUCGGGGGAGAAGGGCCUUGGUCAGGGAGGUGACCAAGAACCAGAUGGUAACUCUGACAGAGCUCUAGAGUUUGUCUGUGGAGAUGGGAGAACCUACCAGAAGGACAACCAUCUCUGCAGCACUCCACCAAUCAGGCCUUUAUGGUAGAGUGGCCAGACGGAAGAUCCUCCUCAGUAAAAGGCACAUGACAGCCCGCUUGGAGUUUGCCAAAAGGCACCUAAAGACUCUCAGACCAUCAGAAACAAGAUUCUCUGGUCUGAUGAAACCAAGAUUGAACAGUGAAGCAUGGGGGUGGCAGCAUCAUGCGGCAGGGACUGGGAGACUAGUCAGGAUCUAGUCAGGAACGGAGCAAAGUACAGAGAGAUCCUUAAUGAAAACCUGCUCCAGAGCGCUCAGGACCUCAGACUGGGGCGAAGUUUCACCUUCCAACAGGACAACAACCCUAAGCACACAGUCAAGACAACGCAGGAGUGGCUUCGGGACAAGUCUCUGAAUGUCCUUGAUUGGUCCAGCCAGAGCCCCGGACUUGAACCUCAUCAAACAUCUCUGGAGACAACUGAAAAUAGCUGUGCAGCAACGCUCCCCAUCCAACCUGACAGAGCUUGAGGGGAGCUGCCGAGAUGAAUGGGAGAAACUCCCCAAUUACAUGUGUGCCAAGCUUGUAAUGUCAUACUCAAGAAGACUCGAGGCUGUAAUCACUGCCAAAGGUGCUUCAACAAAGUACUGUGUAAAGGGUCUGAAUACUUAUGUAAAUGUAUUAUUUCCGUUUUUAUUAAUUUUUUAUAAGUUAGUAAAAAUGUCAAAUCUGUUUUUGCUUUGUCAUUAUGGGGUAUUGUGUGUAGAUUGAUGAGGGGCAAAAAACAAUAAUCUGUUUUAGAAUAAGGCUGUAACCUAAUAAAAUGUGGAAAAAGUCAAGGGGUCUGAAUACUUUCUGAAGGCACUGUAUGUAAUACAUAUUUAGUAUGCAGUGUGAUUUAAAACCACAGGCACAAACCAUGACCUCUGGCUCCUCCCAGGUGUCCCGUGGCAUCCCUGUCCUAUGUGCCUCGCGCCGCCUCCAGCUCGUUCCCAUGUGGUGGCCUCAUCUCAGGCUCUCUGGAGGGGGGCUGCUUCUGGGAGCAAGUAGACGGGACCACCUAUAGACCCCACAUGUUGCCCCUGGAGACGGGAUGCUGCACAGACAUCCAGGUGCAGCCAGAGAGCAGACACUGUUUGGUCACCUACAGACCAGGUGAGACACUACCAUCCUGGGGAGGACUAUGAGGGGCAAUGAAGGGCCUAAAGUGUGUGUGUGUGUGUGUGUGUAUGUACACUACCAGUCAAAGGUUUAGACACACCUACUCAUUCAAGGGUUUUUCUUUAUUUUUUACAUUGUAGAAUAAGAGUGAAGACUUCAACUAUGAAAUAACACAUAUGGAAUCAUGUAGUAACCAAAAAAUAUAUUUGAGAUUCUUCAAAUAGCCACCCUUUGCCUUGACGACAGCUUUGCACACUCUUGGCAUUCUCUCAACCAGCUUCAUAAGAUAGUCACCUGGAAUGCAUUUCUGUUAACAGGUGUGCCUUCUUAAAAGUUAAUUUGUGGAAUUUCUUUCCUAAAUGCGUUUGAGCCAAUCAAUUGUGUUGUGACAAGGUAGCGGGGUAUACAGAAGAUAGCCCUAUUUGGUAAAAGACCAAGUCUAUAUUAUGGCAAGAACAUCUGAAAUAAGCAAAGAGAAACGACAGUCCAUCAUUACUUUAAGGUCAGUCAAUAUGGAACAUUUCAAGAAAUUUGAAAGUUUCUUCCAAGUGCAGUCGCAAAAAUCAUCAAGCGCUAUGAUGAAACUGGUUCUCAUGAGGACUGCGACAGGAAUGGAAGACCCAGAGGUAAUUCUGUCCGUUUGUCUGGAGUCCAAAUUUGAGAUUUUUGGUUCCAACCGCUGUGUCAUUGUGAGACGCGGUGUGGGUGAACGGAUGAUCUCUGCAUGUGUGGUUCCCACCGUAAAGCAUGGAGGAGGAGGUGUUAUGGUGUGGGGGUGCUUUGCUGUGAUUUAUUUAGAAUUCAAGGCAUACUUAACCAGCAUAGCUACCACAGCAUUCUGCAGCGAUACACCAUCCCAUCUGGUUUGGACUUAGUGGGACUAUUAUUUGUUUUUCAAAAGGACAAUGACUCAAAACACACCUCCAGGCUGUGUAAGGGUUAUUUGACCAAGAAGGAGAGUGAUGGCGUGCUGCAUCAGAUGACCUGGCCUCCACAAUCACCCGACCUCAACCCAAUUGAGAUGGUUUGGGAUGAGUUGGACCGCAGAGUGAAGGAAAAGCAGCCAACAUGUGCUCAGCAUAUGUGGGAACUCCUUCAAGACUGUUGGAAAAGCAUUCCUCAUGAAGCUGGUUGAGAGAAUGCCAAGCGUGUGCAAAGCUGUCAUCAAGGCAAAGGGUGGCUAAUUUGAGGAAUAUAAAAUAUAUUUUGAUUUGUUUACACAGUUUUGGUUACUACAUGAUUCCAUAUGUGUUAUUUCAUAGUUUUGAUGUCUUCACUAUUAUUCUACAAUGUAGAAAAUAGUAAAAAUAAAGAAAAACCCUUGAAUGAUUAGGUGUGUAGAAACUUUUGACUGGUACUGUGUAUAUAUGUGUGCCUGUGUGUGUAAUAAAAUGUAUAUGCAUAUCAUUUGUGUGCAUUGUACUGCUGCCAGGGUCUUUGUUGUCCUGGCUUCUCUCUACUUGCUGCAUGAUUUAUUCUAGGUGUUUUGUUUUAGCUAGUGCUGGGCUGGAACAGAAGCCUGCACUCCCCAGUAGCUCUCCAGGACCAGGGUAGGUGACCACUUGCUCUAGUAUUUAGACUGACAGUCUGUGUGUUUGAUCCCGUCCAGGGCGCUCCAAACCAUCGCUGCGCUGUGUUCUGAUGGAGCUGAACAGGACCCCCCAGCAGGACGCGGCUCAGGAGCCCUCGUAUUCCUGCAACCCAGUCCAGACAUUCAGCGCCGGCUCCUCCUGCAAGCUGCUCACCAAGAAUGCCGUGUUCAGAAGCCCGGCCGGGGAGGGCUCCACUCUGGUGUGUGCCGGGGACGAGGCCACCAACUCCACCAUGGUGAGCUAUUUGUGUGUGUGUGUGUGUGUAUGCAUGUGAUGAACAUGUGUUUUUUAUUUAUUCAGUGAAUAUGGUAAAGAUUUAUCAUUACCCCAAAAAUGUCAACUUUGACUGCAUUUACACAUUACAUUUUACAUUUUAGUCAUCUAGCAGACGCUCUUAUCCAGAGCGACUUACAAAUUGUUGCAUUCAACUUAGGAUAGCCAGUGGGACAACCACCCCUUUUUUUUUCUUUCUUUUUUUUAAUGGGAGGUGGUGGGAAAGAAGGAUUACUGUUAUACUAUUCCAGGUAUUCCUUAAAGAGGUAGGGUUUCAAGUGUCUCUGGAAGGUGGUCAGUGACUCCGCUGUCCUGGCGUCGUGGGGGAGCUUGUUCCACCAUUGGGGUGCCAGAGCAGCGAAUAGCUUUGACUGGGCUGAGCGGGAACUGUGCUUCCGUAGAGGUAGGGGGGGCUAGCAGGCCAGAGGUGGAUGAACGUAGUGCCCUCGUUUGGGUGUAGGGUCUGACCAGAGCCUGAAGGUAAGGAGGUGCCGUUCCCCUCACAGCUCCGUAAGCAAGCACCAUGGUUUUGUAAUAGAUGCGAGCUUCAACUGGAAGCCAGUGGAGUGUGCGGAGGAGCGGGGUGACAUGAGAGAACUUGGGAAGGUUGAACACCAGACGGGCUGCAGCGUUCUGGAUAAGUUGUAGGGGUUUAAUGGCACAGGCAGGGAGACCAGCCAACAGCGAGUUGCAGUAAUCCAGACGGGAGGUGACAAGUGCCUGGAUUAGGACCUGUGCCGCUUUCUGUGUAAGGUAGGGUCGUACUCUGCGAAUGUUGUAGAGCAUGAACCUGCAGGAUCGGUUCACCGCUUUGAUGUUAGCGGAGAACGACAGGGUGUUGUCCAGGGUCACGCCAAGGUUCUUUGCACUCUGGGAGGAGGACACAAUGGAGUUGUCAACCGUGAUUGCGAGAUCAUGGAGCAGGCAGUCCUUCCCCGGGAGGAAGAGCAGCUCCGUCUUGCCGAGGUUCAGCUUCAGGUGGUGAUCCGACAUCCACACUGAUAUGUCUGCCAGACAUGCAGAGAUGCGAUACGCCACCUGGUUAUCAGAAGGGGGAAAGGAGGAAAUUAAUUGUGUGUCGUCUGCGUAGCAAUGAUAGGAGAGACCAUGUGAGGAUAUGACAGAGCCAAGUGACUUGGUGUGUAGAGAGAAUAGGAGAGGGCCUAGAACUGAGCCCUGGGGGACACCAGUGGUGAGAGCACGUGGUGCGGAGACAGAUUCUCGCCACGCCACCUGGUAGGAGCGACCUGUCAGGAUGCAAUCCAAGAGUGAGCAGCGCCGGAGAUGCCCAACUCUGAGAGGGUGGAGAGGAGGAUCUGAUGGUUCACAGUAUCAAAGGUAGCAGAUAGGUCUAGAAGGAUAAGAGCAGAGGAGAGAGAGAGAGUUAGCUUUAGCAGUGCGGAGAGCCUCCGUGACACAGAGAAGAGCAGUCUCAGUUGAAUGACCAGUCUUGAAACCUGUCUGGUUUGGAUCAUUCUGAGAGAGAUCGCAGGAGAGUUGGCUAGAGACGGCACGCUUAAGAGUUUGAGAGAAAAGAAAGAAGGGAUACUGGUCUGUAGUUGUUGACAUCCUUAGUCCCAAUAUCUCUGCCCCAGAAUGUCUGAUCCUCACAAGGUAAAGUGCUUAUUGUUCAGAAGUGUCUCUCUGAGUAGUUAGAGGGAAUCUACACUGUCUGGGAAUUAUUUUGGUUUGCUAAUGCCCAAGUUUGACCAAUAUGAUGGAACAUACUAUAUGCUUUAUCUGUUUAUAUGCAUGGCAUUAAGGAUAAUAGUUACGCCAAAAGCAACUAUAAAUGUAUUUAUGAUUUUAAAGUAUGAUUUAAGUUUGUAUUUACUUGCUCAGUAAAUUUGGUCUGAAUCUGUGACCAUCUCUAUUUCGCUGCUUGUACGUUUUACCACUUAACAAUUACAUUACAGUUUCAAUAUCUCUGGCUCAGAGUCAGAAUCUUACGAGGCAAAAUUAUCCUGGGUCAAUGUGGUCUCCCGCAGUGUUCUGAGAAGGGUCUACAUCAUCUGAGAUUGGUCCUAGGUGGUGCUACAGACCACAACUGUAGCUGAACACAUCUGAAUGUUCAUAUACUGAACACAAAUAUAAACGCAACAUGCAACAAUUUCAAAGAUUUUACUGAGUUACAGUUCAUAUAAGGAACUGUCAGUUGAAAUAAAUUAAUAUGCAUCUGUUGGUCACAGAUAAUAAUAAAUAAAUAAAAAGUAGGGUCGUGGAUCAGAAAACCAGUUACUUUCUGGUGUGAUCACCAUUUGCCUCACGCAGUGUGACACCUGUCCUUCGGAUAGAGUUGAUCAGGCUGUUGAUUGUGGCCUGUUGUCCCACUCCUCUUCAAUUGCUGUGCGAAGUUGUUGGAUAUUGGCGGGAACUGGAACACGCUGUUGAUCCAGUGCAUCCCCAAACAUGCUCAAUGGUGUCAUGUCUGGUGAGUAUGCAGGCCAUAGAAGAACUGGGACAUUUUCAGCUUCCAGAAAUUGUGUACAGAUCCUUGCGACAUGGGGCUGUGCAUCAUCAUGCUGAAACAUGAGGUGAUGGCGGCGGAUGAAUGGCACGAAAAUGGGCCUCGUGAUCUUGUCACGGUAUCUCUGUGUGUUAAAUUUGCCAUCGAUAAAAUGCAAUUGUGUUUGUUGUCCAUAGCUUGUGCCUGCCCAUACCAUAACCCCACCGCCACCCUGUGGCACUCUGUACACAACGUUGACAUCCGCAAACUGCUCGCCCACACGACGCCAUACACGUGGUCUGCGGUUGUGAGGCUGGUUGGACGUACUGCCAAAUUCUCUAAAACGACGGAGGCGGGUUAUGGUAGAGAGAUGAACAUUACAUUCUCUGGCAACAGCUCUGGUGGACAUUCCUGCAGUCAGCAUGUCAAUUGCACUCUCCUUCAAAACUUGAGACAUCUGUGGUAUUGUGUUGUGACAAAACUGCACAUUUUGAGUGGCCUGUUGUCCCCAGCACAAGGUACGUGCACCUGUGUAAUGAUCAUGAUGUUUAAUUCGCUUCUUGAUAUGUCAGGUGGAUGGAUUAUCUUGGCAAAGGAGAAAUGCUCACUAACAGAGAUGUAAACAAAUUUGUGCACCAAAUUUGAGAGGAAUACGCUUUUUGUGUUUCGAAAAUGUCAGCUAUUUUUUAUUUCAGCUCAUGAAACAUAGGACUACAUGGCCAAAAGUAUGUGCUCUUCGAAAAUCUCAAUCCAAAAUCAUGGGCAUUAAUAUGCAGUUGGUCCCCCCUUUGUUGCUAUAACUGCCUCCACUCUUCUGGGAAGGCUUUCCACUAGAUGUUGGAACAUUGCUGUGGGGACUUGCUUCCAUUCAGCCACAAGCAUUAGUGAGGUCAGGCACUGAUGUUGAGCGAUUAGGCCUGGCUCACGGUCGGCGUUCCAAUUCAUCCCAAAGGUGUUCUUUGUGCAGGCCAGUCAAAUUCUUCCACACCGAUCUCGUCAAACCAUUCUGUAUGGACCUCGCUUUGUGCACGGGGGCAUUGUAAUGCUGAAACAGGAAAGGGCCUUCCCCAAACUGUUGCCACAAAGUUGCAAUCACAGAAUCGUCUAGAAUGUCAUUGUAUGCUGUAGCAUUAAGAUUUCCCUUCACUGGAACUAAGGGGACUAGCCCGAACCAUGAAAAACGGCCCCAGACCAUUAUUCCUCCUCCACCAAACUCCACAAUUGGCACUAUGCAUUCGGGUAGGUAGCAUUCUCCUGGCAUCUACCAAACCCAGAUUCGUCCGUCAGACUGCCAGAUGGUGACGCGUGAUUCAUCACUCCAGAGAACGCUUUUCCACUGUGCCAGAGUCCACUGGCGGCGAGCUUUACACCACUCCAGCCGACGCUUGGCAUUGUGCAUGGUGAUCUUAGGCUUGUGUGCGGCUGCUCGGCCAUGGAAACCCAUUACAGUAAGCCCCCGACGAACACUUCUUGUGCUGACGUUGUUUCCAGAGGCAGUUUGGAACUUGGUAGUGAGUGUUGCAACUGAGGACAGACUAUUUUGACGUGCUACGCGCUUCAGCACUUGGCGGUCCCGUUCUUUGAGCUUGUGUGGCCUACCACUUCGCGUCUGAGCUGUUGUUGCUCCUAGAUGCUUCCAAUAACAAGACUUACAGUUUGACCGGGGCAGCUUUUAAAAGGGCUGAAAUUUGUUGAACUGACUUGUUGGAAAGGUGGCAUUCUAUGACGGUACCAUGUUGAAAGUCACUGAGCUCAUCAGGAAGGCCAUUCUACUGCCAAUGUUUGUCUAUGGAGAUUGCAUAGCAGUGUGCUCGAUUUUGUACACCUGUCAGCAACGGGUGUGGCUAAAAUAGCCGAAUCCUCUAAUUUGAAGGCGUCUCUACAUACUUUUGUGUAUAUAUAGUGUAUUAAUGCAUUCAGAAGUCUGUGUUUAUGUUUGAUAAUCUACUCAGUUUUAGUUAAGAAUUUCAGGAUAUUUGCCCUAAAUCUAUUACUAUUUCCAUUAUGCCCAUUUUUACCAGAUUUGACAUUUGACCCCUAGAAAAGCAAAAAUGUACGUGACAUCCGGCCUUACUUUGUGUAUCACUCCAUCAUUGUUUGAUAUAACAUGGUUGACAGCCUGUAACAAGCAACAACAAAAAAGCAAGCGCUUUUUCCAGGUUGGCUGGUCUAUUAUUAGGAGUUAGGCUCAUUAAAACUUUACUCCACUGCUGAGAUUGGGGAAGGAUCAAUGGUUCAACUGUUUUGUGGUUGAAAGCACUCCAUAAUAGUGAGAGGCUUGACUCUCUGAUUUGAGGCAGUUUGGGGAUAGUUUGAAUAAUAUGAAACGGUCUCAAGAGCUUCACAUUGAUCCUUUGUUUCUAAUCAUUUCAUUUCAUUUUUCCAGGUGUGGGAUGCUGGGAGUGGAUCCCUGAUUCAGAAGUUGUCUGCUGACCUCCCUGUGUUGGACAUCUGCCCUUUUGAGGUGAACCAGGGCAGUUACUUGGCCUCUCUCACUGAGAAGAUGCUCAAAAUCUACAAGUGGGAAUGAGGAGUUAUGGAGGACACCACACACACCACCAGCAUAGAACAUGUAUGAGCAGCGUGCUGCUGCACUGUAUAAAUGGCAUCCAUUUAAUACAGCCUUUUCUUACCCAAAGUGACUACAGAUGAGCCUUUAUUGGGUUUGCAUUGCAGUGGAGGUACUGGAGAGCCAUCACACUGCUGCAGUGUGAUGAAGGAACUGAUAACUGGAGUGCCUGUUCAGAUACACCACUGCCCAAAAUGUUUACAUUAAGAAUCACAGAAAACAUCCUAUAAUUUUUAUUUAUUUUGCCCUCUCUUUUUUUAUGCAUGUGACGGUCAAUUGGUGUUGUCAGUUAUUCAUGCUGCCGAUGUUUUAAUUUUUCAACGUUGUGUUUAAUCUCUGAUGUUAGAGUCAGAUCCAUGGAUGAAAAUCAGGACAUCAAUAGCUAACAAGUGUUACAUUUCCUGGAUUCAGAUUAGCGCAACUGAUCAGCAAGCUGUAUAAAAAAAAUCAUUCUGAAUGGGUUUGUUUUUUUGUUUCCUUAUUUUAGUUUGAGGAAAUUGUAUAUACAUGUAUAUUUUAUACCAAAUGUUUGUGUACAAUUUGUAAUGUAAUAAAAUAUUAAUCAUUGGUUAUUUUUCAUCCCGAUUUGUGAUUGAUACUGCAGAUGAGGCACAAUGUUUAACGUUAUUUACAUUUUUUAAAAAUGUUCACUAAAUAAAAUGUGUUUACAACCGUG